CUACGGAGCGCGAGGAGCCUCCCCAACUAGGCGGAGGGUGAAGGCGCCGCUGGCCGGCUCAGCCAGGCCCUUUAGUCUCCGCGUCGCUCCCGCCGGAGAGGUGCCCGCAGGCCACACGGAGGCAUCGACCGCCGACAUGCACAGCGCUCGGCUUGACAGCUUUCUGAGCCAGCUCCGCUGGGAACUGUUGUGUAGCCGGGACACAGGCUCACCUCCAGUGCCUGGUCCCCUGCAGACACCACCCAAAACUGACUCAGGUGUACAGCCUCACAGCCAACUCAGGGCUUCAGCUGCAUUGGAAGAGGACUCUAUCUGCUGUGUGGAGGAGGAAGAGGAGGAGGAAGCCUUGGUGACUGAAGACAGGGGUGCAGCCUUGGGUGGCCCCAGGGAACAUGCCCUAGACUGGGACUCUGGCUUCUCAGAAGUGUCAGGCAGCACAUGGCAAGAGGAAGAGCUGCCUGUACCCCAACGCCCAGCACGGCCCCCUCAUAGCCAGCGUUUUUCAGUCAGUGGUCUCCCCCUACCCAGCAAGGCGCCUGUACAACCUGCCCACCGUCCACGGCCCAAGUCCACUCCAGAUGCCUGCCUGGAGCAUUGGCAAGGAUUGGAAGCAGAGGACUGGACGGCAGCCCUGCUGAACAGGGGUCGCAGUCGCCAGCCCCUGGUGCUGGGGGACAAUUGUUUUGCUGACUUAGUUCACAACUGGAUGGAGCUGCCCGAGGCAGCAGGUGAGGGGGGCGAUGGAGGUGCCCCCCGUGCCCGAACCCGACCACCACAGUUCCUGCUUGGCCUCUCUGAGCAGCUAAGGAGGCGGCUGGCGAGAGCACGGCGGGCGGCCGUGGCAGGAAAGCGGCUGUCAUGCCCACCUCGCUCAGAACCUGACUUGCCCAUGGACGUUUCGCGCUUCGCAGCCCUCAUGAGCUGCCGAAGCCGUCAACCCAUCAUCUACAGUGAUGUCAGCUACCUCUGACCCUGCCCUCCAGCCCGGACAAUAAAAGCCUUUUUCUAGAA